AUGCAUUUCGCUCUCACAGCUGCAAUCUCGGCUCUUCUCGUAGCGAGCGCUUCCGUCGCGGUGCCAACCAAGCGGGAUCAGGUGAAGACGUAUUCGACUAAAUACGAAGCCCCACUGGUGCUCAGAUCAACCCAGUCCGACUACAAGUCGCAUUACGCAUCAUUCAAUGGCGACAGGGAUGGCUCCGGUCACCAGAUUCUCGUGACGAUGCACAACGGCAAGCCUGCUCCCGCGGAGACAUUCAAGUUCCUGUCUGUCACCUCCAACGUGAUCGGCUCUUCAGGCUUCCCCAGCGGCUGUUACGGUCUUGGUGACAGCGGCGGAAGUGAGUGCUACGGUAUUCUGCAAUCGACCAAGAACACAAAUUACUGCAUCGCCGCCAACGUCCUCAAGCAGAGCAACGCGCGCUUCAUCGCUGUUCCAUGCUCAUAUGCUGACGACGAUAGCCAGCUGGCCCAGACUUGGAGGUUGACUUCGACCCCUGCCGGGUGGUCAAACAGCCAACCGGUCAACUUCACUACGGUCGUUGCUUUCUAUGGGCACAACUUCUACAACAGCCCCAACGAAUCGUACACCGUCAAGCCGGGCCAGACUCCCAAUGUCAAGGUCGAGCUCGACUACACCACCACCGCCUCCGACUAUAGCUUGCUCCUCUCAGACAAGCUUUAA